CCAUCCAAACACUUAGCAAAAACAAGUGAAGAUGGCUACUAAAGAUGGCUAUAUUAUCAUGUUCUUCCUCAACUUAGUAGUUCUUCUUGCUGGAGCACAACGGGAGGAGGAUCUUGCCCACAGAAUCAGUCGAAGAGAUUUUCCAUACAAGUAUGAAGAUGGUGUUUCAGCUGGGGGAAUGAAGAACUGGGAUAUCUACAAUCCCACGCACCCAGUGGAAGUGCAGGACGACGAUAGUAAUCACGAAAUCAAACGAAGUGAUUUUCCUGAAGGCUUUAUUUUUGGUGCAGCAUCUUCAGCUUACCAGUAUGAAGGUGGUAUCUCAACAAGAGGAAUAAAUAAUUGGGAUAUCUACACUCAUAAAUACCCAGAGAGAAUUGUGGAUCGUAGUAAUGGAGAUGUAGCAGUUGAUCAGAUCCAUCGCUACAAGGAAGAUCUUUCCUUCAUGCAAGAAACUGGCUUUCAUGCUUAUAGAUUCUCGAUUUCUUGGACGAGAAUAUUGCGAGAUGGAACUUUGGAAGGAGGUCUGAAUAAAGAGGGAAUCGAGUACUACAAUAAUCUCAUUGACGACAUGAUCUCAAAGGGCAUCACACCCUUGGUUACACUUUUUCAUUGGGAAAUUCCACAAGUUUUUGUCGAUGAAUAUGGAGGCUUCUUAAGUUCUCGAAUAGUGAAAGAUUUUACGGACUUCGUCGACGUUUGCUUCCGAGAAUUUGGAGAUAGAGUUAAGCAUUGGAUCACAAUAAACGAACCAAAUACUUACACCAUGAUGGGUUAUGCAGUGGGACAAUAUCCACCUGGUAGAUGUUCAGAGUGGCAAAUUCACAAUUGUCUUGGUGGGAAUGCAGCCACAGAACCAUACAUCGUUGGUCAUAACCUAAUUCUUGCUCAUGCUCAUGCUGUCAAAGUUUAUCGAGACAAAUAUCAGAAAACACAAAAGGGUGUGAUCGGCAUCACAGUGCUGGCUGAUUGGUAUGUCCCGUUAACAGAUACUCCGGCCGACAUAGAAGCUGCAAAUAGAGCUGUUGAUUUCUUUUCUGGUUGGUUCUUCAAUCCAGUCGUGCAUGGUAAUUAUCCAGAGACUAUGAUAUCCCGAGUAAAAGAAAGAUUGCCCCAGUUCACAGAAGAACAAAGAAUUUUGAUAAAAGGAAGCUAUGAUUUUCUUGGAGUCAACUACUACACAUCCAAUUAUGCAAAAAAUGAUGACAAACCAGCUCAACGUCCAUCCUACCUCACUGAUUCUGGAGCCAUUUCUUUAAAUGAACCUUCACUUGGUCCAAAGGUGAAUGCAUCGUCUUGGCUCGCGGUUUAUCCAAGAGGGUUAAAGGAUGCGUUGAUGGACAUUAAAAGAAAAUAUAACGAUCCAGUUAUCUACAUCACAGAAAAUGGAUAUUUUGACUAUGAUGGUCCUAAUUUUAAGGAAUUGAUUGAUGAUAAGAAGAGAGCAGAAUUCUACAACGAACAUCUUUAUUAUCUUCACAAAGCAAUGGAGGAUGGAGUAAAGGUAAAAGGAUUCUUUGCAUGGACGUUAUUGGACGAUUUUGAAUGGCAAUCGGGAUAUACCGAGCGCUUUGGCCUCAUCUAUAUUGAUUUCUUAAACGACUUGAAAAGAAUACCAAAACUUUCACUGAAAUGGUUCACCAAUUUCCUCAAGAUCUAGAGAUGUUUCAGCUACCAAGUUCUUGCUAUUUGGUGAACUUUUAUAUGUUAUAUGUUAUUGCAAGUUUCUUAAAGACUACUCAUAGAAAGAAGUAGCUAAAUAAAGUUGCAAUAGCAAAACCUUGUCUUAUGUUUUGAUCUUUA